UGUUGUUAAGAAGGAAGCUCAAAGGAUGGAUGAAGACUUUAAAGAACAGGCAUUUGACUCUACUCUUCCAAGUCCAUCAGAGACUUUACUUUCCAUUCGACUGUUAGACUUUAAAACAAGUUUAUUGGAGGCAAUAGAAGAGCUGCGUAUAAGAAGGGAAACAGAAUCUAAUUAUGAAGACCAAAUAAAUAAAAUUGUUAUAGAGAAACAAGAACUUGAAUGGCAGAAGGAAACUCUGCAGCAUCAGAUUGACACACUGCAACAACAAAACAAAGAAGCUAUGGCAGCUUUUAAAAAACAGUUACAGGCAAGGAUGUUUGCCAUGGAAGAAGAAAAGGGAAAAUAUCAACUUGCUGCAGAAACAAGAGAAAAAGAAAUUGAUGGACUGAAAGAAACAUUAAAAGCAUUACAGAUUUCAAAAUACACUUUACAAAAGAAACUGAAUGAAAUGGAUCAAAAAUUGCAGAUGCACUUAACAGCAAAAGAGGAGCAUCAUAAGAAACUGAAUGAAGUUGAGAGGUGUUAUGCUACUAUUACAUCUCGGUUUGGAAUUGUAAAAGGUGUUCAUGGCAAACUGGAGCACAGUGUGCAGGAAGCCAUACAGCUCAAUAAGAAACUAGCUUCAGUGAAUAAAAGACAAGAGACUGAAAUAAGUAAUCUGAAGGAAGAACUGAAGAAAGUAACUACAGACUUGAUAAGGUCCAAGGUCACCUCUCAGUGCAGGGUGGGAGAAGAAAACAUCAAUCUUGCAGUGAAGGAAAAACAGUUUCAAGAAAUGCAACAGAAAAUCAGAAUGGAGGCAGAAGUCAGUAAAAAAGUUCAAGAAGAAAACACUCACAUUAAAGAAGAAAAGCUGGAAAUUCUCAGCUCUCUUCAGUGCAUGCAGGAGCUGCUUCAGCGAAUAACCCAAACGAAUGUUAGGAUGGAAAGUGAAUUAAAUGCACUGAAAGAAGACUAUCAGGCCCUUGAAAGAGAUAAUGAGCUGCAAAGGGAGAAGGCAAAGGAAAAUGAAGAAAAGUUCCUUAAUCUUCAGAAUGAGCACGACAAGGCACUAAGAACUUGGAAAAAUUAUGAGGAAAACAUGAGAAGAGAAAUACACACUAUUAAAAAUGAGCUGAAUUCCCUUAAAGGACUUCACAGACAUCUUGAAGAUUAUCAUCCUCCUCAAGGAAAUCAGCGUUCCGAGCAAGUGGAAAAUCUGCAGAUGCAGUCACCAGCUCAGCCCAUAACAACAAAUGUGAGUGGUCAAGGACACUCAAAAGACAGUGAAAUACAGGCUAUUCAGAAAGAAAAUGAGUUUAUGCAGUCUAUAAUAAGAAAAUACGGUAAUUGUGGAGAUAAAGAAGAAACUGAAGUAAAAAACACAAAGGACCAGUCUUCAAGCAUUGAGGAAUUAAAGAUGGAACAAACUCUCAGUUCUUGUUUAAGAAUAAAUCAAAUGAGAGGUCAAGCUACAUGGACUUCAGCUUCCAAGGAGCCUUCCCUUUUGAAAGACAAACCACCAUGCUUAGUGGAAGACACAAACAUUGUUUCAAACACACAGAGUCAAAAUCUCAGUGAGAAUGUGCACAGUGAAGGAACAGGACAAGGUUCUAGCAGUUUGAACAGAGCUGCCAACACUUUGAAUACCUCUAGUAUCCACCAGGAGCCCCAGGGAGAGCCUAGUGAGGAAUGGAAUGCUACAGCAAAGGCUUUUUAUGAUUCUUUUUUUCCCACAGAACAUGUUAAAGAAGGAUUUGCUGCUUCACAGAACAAGCAGGAGUCUCCUCACACGACUGUCACUCCAGCAAGUGAAAAAGCACUCAAAGAUGAUGACAGCUGCUCUCUUCAGAACUCCAUCAUACAAAACCAAACAGGAGGAACUGAGAAAUUACUGACUUCGGAGAGACUUCAUUCAGCAAGAAAGAGAAAAUAUGAAGAAGGCCAGUGAAGAUAACAGGACAUCAGAUUUCUUGUAGGCAUAGACAGAUCACUUGCCUAACCCAGAUUUGUAGAGGUGUUCCUACAGAACUUGGUAUAUAUGUGUAGUUUCAUGUUUAAUAUGACAUGUUAACAGUUCUUAUGUUCAAAAAUGUAUACAAUCUAAUUCUAAUAUUAGUUCAGGUUCUGCAAUCAAAUUCAAGUUAUUAUUGGCUUUGCCCAAAGUUAAAAAGUUUGUUAAGUUAAUGUUUUUAUAUAUGUUUAGUAAAAUUAAAUAAUCACUUAACUGUACCCUUCUCCUGCUCCUCAGGAGUUUUGGCUGAAAUAGUUCAAUUCCUUUUCUCUGACAGACUGCUCACUCAAGUUUUCAGGCAAAAUUCACCUCCAACUGUUUCAGAAUACAAUGGGUUCUGCAAACAUUUACAGCUCCUUCCAGCAGUUCUAAGUGGCAGAAGAACAGAAAAAUCUUCUGCUUACCUUUACUGCCAAAUUAAAUAUAUCUGUUGUAGUUUCUGCAUCAAUGAGGUCUCUUUCAACACUGAAGGAUCAGGUAUGAUUACAGAGAUAAGGCAGCAGAUCUGGCUUUGUGAAGCUUCCCUUCUAUUGGGUCACGUUUCUCCUCCCUUGUGUCUAAGGGAAAUUUUCUCUCACUUUAAAAAUACUUGCACUAUCAUUUUUCUGACCUCCUUCCCCUUCCUCCCCACACCUCUUGCAAAGAAAGUCCUCAUAC